AUGAAUGGCUCUGAUGAGGCUGUUGGGUCGCCUGUAGCUACAGCUCUUCCUCGUGAAGAGCAAAUUAGAGCUACUGAAGUCUCGUGUACUGAUUCUCCAGAAAGAAGCACCCCUGUAAUUGAUGAAAUUUGCACGCACGAUCAUGCAAAGUCGAAGUUAUCUCCUGACAGUCAAAUAGCUGGAGACCGAAGUCCGUGUUCUAAUGUAGUUGAUGGCGAUAGCAAAUAUCCGGAAUGCAUUGAACCUGUCAACUUGGCCUCUAUGGAUUUGAGAACCAGUGCAGAUCCUCGGGGAGAUAUCAGUGAAAAGUCUAGUGAAAUGAAGAGUUCUGCUUCUUUGAUGCUAUCAAUUUGGGCAGCCAGCAUCUGGGAUAACAGUUUGAAUAUUGUUCAUAGCCCAUUGCAAGGGGUCCUACCUUGCGAAACAUCUGUUUCUCACUUCCAGUCCUUUUCUAAAGCUUUGCCAUCUUUCACAGCAAUACUCCAGUGCUCUAAUCCAAGUGUAUGCCGGUUCUCUUUGCGCUACCCAUCACAUGGAGUCUGCCUUGCCAAAGCUGGGUUGCAGGUGCAUAUCUGA